AAUUUGUUAUCGAAAUAUUUGUUGUUGUUUUUUGUUCGUCUUCUUGUCUUGGCUUUUUAUUUUAACCAUAUUAGAUACACCGCUUUGGGUUCAUUCAGCGUGGCUAUGCUCGGCUCAUCGACAUAUGUGCGUGCGCACUCGCUGUGAAACAACGCGUUUUACUUAUUGGCGGGAGUUUACUUGUGUAAUUCAUUAACUGAAACUAAAAACAUCAUACUUUCAUGUUUAGACAUAUCUGACAAUAGCUCUUGCAAUUAAAAAUGUAAUAAAACUCUUCUUCAGAGAGUUUAAUAAUUAAUGCAUUCUUCUGCUAAAUUCACUUUUUCUUCUCCACUCACAUAUUUUAGUUGCUGUUGAGUAAACAAGAGCAGUAAAAAUAAUAAGAAGUAAAAUAAUAAAAGGCAAACGGUACUAAUAGUAGAAAACGAGUAGUUAGUUGGAUAUGAAACUGGUGCCAGCCUUCUUCAGUGCAUUGCUUCAAUACAAUAUUAUGUGACAGACAAAAAUAAUCAUAUGUAGCUAACGUUAAACAAGAAACCGAACAAGAAUGCAAGUGAUUGCAAUAAAUAUAAUUUAAUUAAAGUGUAUUGAUAACCGCUUUUCGAAAUGCAAUUUCGUAACGAAUUUUUAAAAAAAAUAAACAAUUUUUUGCCGAAAAGGUGUUAGCAAUUCGCAAUUGUCACUGCUGUGUUCAUAAAUAUAAUUAAAGAUUUUCCGGACACUUUAAGGAUGAAUUCAAAGACUUUAUUUAAUUAAUUUUUGCACUAAAAGGCACUACCAGCAAACCAAACAUGGAAUGGUUACAUACAAAUCGGAUAAACAAGCGGUUGCUAUGUCAAAAAUGAAUUCAGUUCGUUCACGUAAAGCCAAUGGCAGCAACUCCUCAGAAUUUCAUUUACUGGAAAGCGAUCAUCACGAAUCCUCCUCCAGUGUUAGCCGCAAUUCGAUUUACAAAUUGAAAAUCGAUCUUAUGUUUGAUGAUACAAGUAGAUCAGUUCGAAGCAAUCGAUUAGACGAUCCACGAGGUUCGCAUCGUACUCGCUCAAUCAUUAUGUACGGACGCAGUGAAUUGGCCAGCACUGCAGGCGAAAGUGCUCGCUCAAUUACAAGUUACUUGCACGAGUCAAGCGAGGCGUCCAAAAUGUUGACUGAUAAUACUAAGAAGGAUGUGCAACGCAUUAGCAAUAGUGUACAAGCGCAAAUCGAACAGUUGUUCACUGAUGUUGCUAAAGAUGCGACCAGCAGCUUUCCGGUCACCUGCUUAGGAUCAUUGCCCUUAAAGGAAAAAGUUACCAGUCUACAAGGCUUACAACAGCCUUUAAGAGAGCUGUAUUUCCGUGAGAUGGCUGACAAAACGCAAAAAUCUGGUUUUUUAGAAAUUUGUGCUAACGGCUUGCGCAUAAAAAUUAACUCAAAUAAUGGCAAUAAUCGUCGUGGAGCCAACACAAAUAAUGACGGCCAGAUAACGCCGUUUCAUAACAUAGCGGUAUGGUCUGCAGUAAAGUUUGUCGUGUCUAAAGAAGACGGUGGCGCAGCAUUUCUGCCACUGAUUACAUCACCUGAAAACAUUGAUAAGAAUUCUUUGUUUCAACCUCUCAGCUCACCAGAGCAGCAACGUUUAUCGAGCAAUCCUCAUGCACCAAUUUUUGCGGUAGUUAUGCGCUCUGCUGAAGUUUCCAAAAUGCUUGAAUGUCAUGGUUUCAUUUGCAAAAGCACCGAAGACGCUAUUGUUAUUGCAGCUACACUCUAUCAAAGUCUUAUGUCACAUGUUAGCUCUAAUACCCAUCGCAGUACGAAACGGCGUACACCGCGUAAUCAAAAUGGAGUCAGUUGUAUGAGUAUUGCAAGCAGCUCAGGCUUAACUGGUUCGAAUUAUCAUCAGUGCUCACAACAUACAACUGGGGAUCGCAAAACUUCACUCCGAAGUUCGGGUGGUAGCGUCUUGGCUGCGCCAAUAACAUCACGUUCUAGUCGUAAAAAGCGCGUCUCCAGCAGCUCAUUAAGCUCGAGUAGUAAUAUUAUCAACGAGGGGGCAGAAACCACAACUGAAGAGAGGAAACGUAAGUCCCACAAAACCAAACGGGCGCCUCCGAUACCAACUUCAAUACCCGCAGAGAUCGACCGUAAAUUAAAUACUGGCAGCCAUAGUAAUUCGAGUAUAUCAGAUGCUAUUAAGAAAUUUGAAAGAUUGUCAGCAAACGAAAAAAAUUCCUAUCGUUCCCAAUCAAUUCAUCCGAGAAAGUCGACAGUUGAUUCCGCUUAUAAAGCAUCAAAAAUAAUUGAGGAAGUCAAUUCACAACCAGUGGCCAUUGGUGACACGCCGGCAAAUACAACUGGACUUCGCAGUAACGAUAAUAAUGGUGAUAUCUUGACACGUGUUGCAAUACCGAGAUCCGGUAGCUUCCUGAACACGGGAGGUCUUACGCGGUAUAAAUCCAGAGCAGCACGUCGUCACACGGACAAGUUAAAUGGUGGUGGUGGCGGUGGAGGCGGUUCUCCACUCGGUUUCAGUGAACUUUUCAACGAGUUCCGCUUGCAUGAAAAUCUGCAUUCAUUGGAUGAGAUCCUCUAUGCCAUAAUUGAUGCUGAUGGCAUGUCAUUCAACGAUUUGAAACCGAUAUAUAAAGAGUUUCUGCUGAAAUUGGCAGUUACCUUGACAAAGGAUGAAUUGUUUCAACGAUCGAAAAAUAUUAUGCGCCGUCAGAGAAAAAAAAAACAAAAACGAAAGACAAGCUCGAACGGUUCACAGAAAAAAGUGAAAACAGCAAUCUUUGGUACAAAAAAUUUAAAAAAGGUUUUUCAGUUGGGCCAGUUUCGCUCCUGUCGUGGAAAGUCGUCGAAACCACCACGUAACAAGGAGCUGGCCAACCAACGUAAAUCCGAACCGCCGCCUAUUACUAUUAUACAGUCGCCCACAAUUACAUCCCGGCAGAAUACUCAUGCCCGGCAUCACCAAUUACAUCAAUCCCAACAACACCAGCGCAAUCGACUGACUACGAGCGGUUCAGAUGUUUCAGUUGUUCAGCAAGAAAACGCCUUUCUCGGGAUGAAUAGAAACAGUAGCAGUGGCUUUAAAAUCUUAUGUAAUUGUGAUAAUCGCAGAUACGUAUCAUGUUCCGAAUGCAGCUACGACUCGGAAGCUUGCACUUGCACGUCUGCCGACCGAUGCUAUUGCAGUUUACGUGCGAAACAAAUCAAUAACUAUUUGCGACGAAAAACCGAUCGGAAGCAUUCUAAGAAAUCGGAAAAAAAUAAACUUAAAAAUAAUAACAACAAACGUAGCUCUUACAUUUCCUGUAAAUCGGACGAAAAAUGUUAUUGCUCGAUGGUAGAGGAGGAAGAUCGAAAUGAGAGCGGCGAGGAAGACUCAGGUAAUAUUCACUCCGAUACCACCUGGUGUGACACAGAUAGUUGCGAAAGUGCCAGUAAAUGUUACUGCAAACAAAAUGAACGGAAGCACAUGCACAAACGAAUAGAAGAGAAUGUCAGAGACCAGUCCCACAAGUCGCGCUCAAACGUUUGCAAAACAUUUGACAAACUGGGUUUGGACUACGAGCUUUUUAAUAUUAAUGCAAAUACAAAAUCGGUGGAGCCACAAGAGGCAUUAAGUGUUAAGAAAAGUGUUGAGGCGGCCGCUAUCUUUGCGGAUGUGAAGCUUAGCCAAACAACUGAUAUUAAAAGUCUUUGUAAGGGAAAUGCGAACUCAAAGGACGUAGGCAGUUGUCGCUCGCACUCGAUUGCAACACGCAAACUGUUAAAUUCGUACCGGAAACGAGAAUCGUUUAGCAUAGGGCGACACAACGAACGUAAUACCGCCAUUCGAUCACUCUCGUCAAAUUCGUCGCAAAAGUCGUGCAGUGCCGACGACUUGUUGAGUAAAUUGUCAUACAUCGAAAAGAAUAUUGCUCGGGCGGCGUCAGUACAUAGUGGUCGCAGUAAAACCAAGGAAAUUAUACUGCGUGAGAACUUCCAAAACAAUUAUCAAUCAAUGCGUGCGGUUAGUGCCUCAUUGGAAGAGACUCUAGGAUAUUUGCCAUAACAUUUUCCAAAUGUCUUUUUCUAUUAUAAUUUUUAUUUUCACAGUUACAUGCAUUUAAGUUAUGACUAAUUUAUUUAAUAUUUAAUGUACACACAACGCAAGAAUUUAUGUUUCUUCGUGUUUUUUGUUUGUUUUUUUUUUUUUUUUUUUUUUUUGUUUGUACAUAUUUACGUCAAUCCAUAGAAGCUUAUGUUUCGCAAUGGAAUUGCUCGUACACGCACAUACACAUACACAAAUGAAGAUGUUAGACGUAAUUCUAUUGCGAAACGUAAUCACUAUUUAGAAGAAAAAAAAGAUACAAUUUAUUUUAUAUUUACUAGACGUUUAUACAUAUAUUUAU